UUCCUCUGACAAUCAUGAAACCUAACCAAAGUAUUUGCCACGUUCAAAAUUGAACGUCCUAUGACCCUAACGAACACCCACCGGAAGAAGAAGACCCUUGGUUCCUCUGGCAAUCAUGACACCCAAGAAAAGAAACCAUUUCACCCUCCCUAUAAAUAAAAUCCACAGCCCAUCCUUGAUUGGUCGUUGACACUUAUAAAAACACCCCGUUUUCUUUACCACAACACACGCGCGCGCAAGCACGCACAGUCUCUUUCCCUAUCUUUAACUGUUGCUUCGUUAUAGGGUGGACCAUCCUCUUUCCCUUGUUUCAUCCCAUUCUAGAGAAGAAAAACCGAAAACAAACACAUGGUUAAAACACCACUACACACAACAAGUGAGAAACCAGAAAAGAAAUACCAGAAGAAGAUUAAAAACUAUAUAUAUGUGUGUGUGUGUGUGUUGCUAUAGCAGCCACAGAGGAAUUCCUUAUUGUGUCUCGAGUAGGCUUUGUUUUAUCAAUUCAAAUUCUUCUGGGUUUUCUCCUGUUUUAUGUGUUGAUCAACAGAAGAUGUCUUGGUUCUCUGAGUUUGGGCGCAGAUGAAUAGAUUUACAGGGGUCAUGGGUAGUCUCAGAAAUUAGAAUUUCUCAAAGGUUUCUCCUUUCCUUUCCAUCCCUUUUCUUUUUUGUAUCAUCAACACCAGCAGAGAAGUCUGAGCUCCACUUUUUUUCUGGACAUUAGUGCAUGCUUGUCCUAAUUCCAAAAACUAGAAUUUCUCUUCCAGCAACUUCUGGUAGUCUCUGAUCAACUAGUAUUUUCCUCGAGCUCCUACGAAAUGAGUCAGACUCAUUUACGACCUCGUCAUGACCCGGUCAGAAAAUUUAGACUGGUUUCUCUUCCAGAUAAAACCUGCAAGAUUUUCUCAUAUCUCACGAGAAUAUGUCUCCUCCUUUGUCUCAUUUUCUCAAUAUCUCUCGUCCUCUACACCACUUUUUCCCCCAACCAAAACCAAUUCUGGAAUCGUUUACCCCACCCCACCCGAACCGGAACCAAACUCGCACCCGGCCCGCCCACUAACAUCUCCCACGUCCUUUUUUGCAUCGGUGGAUCAACCGCCACAUGGCGCGAUCGUAGCCUGUACAGCUCCAUCUGGUGGGUACCGAACGUUACGCGAGGGUUUGUUUGGCUUGAGAAAAAGAUCAUUAGCCACCAGACCAAUAAAAACGUCCCAGCUGUCAAGGUGUCAUCUCCAGAGUGGACCCGGUUUAAAUAUUCUAGCUCAAGAUCAGCGGUCAGGAUUGCAAGGAUCAUAAGUGAUAGCGUUAAAUUAAGGUUGCCUGAUGUGAGGUGGUUUGUCAUGGGAGAUGAUGAUACCGUGUAUUACACUGACAACUUAGUUUCGGUGUUAUCGAGGUAUGAUCAUAAUCAAAUGUGGUACAUUGGAGGGAAUUCCGAGAGUGUGGAACAAGAUGUGAUUCAUUCUUAUGACAUGGCUUUCGGUGGGGGUGGAUUUGCUCUUAGUUAUCCAUUGGCUGAGAGAUUGGUCAGUAUAUUGGACGGUUGUCUUGAUAGGUACUAUUAUUUCUACGGUUCUGAUCAGAGGAUUUGGGCUUGUAUCAGUGAGAUCGGCGUCCCGCUCUCUAGAGAACGUGGGUUCCACCAGGGAAAUACUAGGUGGCGCCUCCGAGAGGGGUCGGUUGUUAAAGUCUGCUCUGUCCUUUUGUGCUCAGUUGCCCACACACUUUCAACAAAAGAGGUGACCUUUGUUGGUCUCAGUAAAAAGACAAGUAUUUUGUUCAAGAAGAAAACAUUUGAUAUUAGGGGAAGCGCAUAUGGUCUCCUAGCAGCACAUCCUCUAGCCCCUCUCGUAUCACUCCACCACCUUGACAAUCUGGAGCCGCUGUUUCCAAAUCACAACCGAAUAGACUCGCUUAAAUCCAUAAAUCAGGCAUACCAGGUUGACCCGCCCCGGAUUUUUCAACAAACAUUUUGCCAUGACUCCAAGCGGAAAUGGUCCAUAUCCAUAGCAUGGGGCUACACAGUUCAGCUGUACCCAUUAUUGUUGCCAGCCAACGGCUUGCAAACACCAGAGCAGACAUUCAAGACAUGGCGGAGUUGGAGUGAUGGGCCAUUCACAUUCAAUACCCGACCCACGGAGCCUGACCCUUGUAAACAACCGGUUGUUUUUAUGCUUGAGCAGGCCAAGGAAGGGGGCGUUAAUGGGUCCUUGUCUAGUUACAAGAGGAUUGUGCAUGAACCAGGGAAGACUUGUAAGACAACACAGUAUGCCCAAGCAAUGUCAGUGCAGAGAAUUCUUGUAUCCUCCUUGAAAAUGGAGCCAGAUUAUUGGAAAAAGUCCCGUGAGCAGGCACCAAGAAGAUAUUGCUGUGAGUUAAUGAAUAAAGGGAGCAUAAAGAACAGCAGUAUGCAGCUUAGGAUUAGAAGAUGCAGAAAUUGGGAAAGUAUUACUUCUAGGUUAGACUAGCUCCUUAACAUUUCAGCCAUGUAAACAUUCCACUCUACAAAACUUGCCAUACUGAAUAUACAGGAAAAGAGAUUGAGGUGCCGUUUGGAAGUCCAUUCCAAACAGUGUUUCUCUAAA